AUGUGCUCUUUGCCCCUAGAUGACAGAACGGGUCUGGAGGCUUUUCGCAUUGCGGGUCUACCGCCGGACUUCUACUAUAUCCCGAACUUCAUAAGUCACGAGGAGGAAGCGUCAAUACUGCAGAAGAUCCCCGCCCAAAGAUGGACACACCUCACCCACCGCCGCCUCCAAGCCCUUCCCUCAACACUCACAUCCAACAACACGCUCCUCGCCGCCCCUCUACCUACUUACCUGACCACACCCAUUCUACCCCGCUUCAAGGACUUGGGUAUCUUUGAUCACACGCCUCACGGCCAACCCAAUCACGUUCUUGUCAAUGAGUAUAAGCCCGGUGAGGGCAUUAUGCCGCAUGAAGACGGUGGGGCGUAUGCCGAGGUCGUUGCGACGGUUAGUCUGGGAGGGGGUUUGUGUCUGGAUGUGCUUCCCAAACCCUCAAACCCAGAAGAAGAAGGAGAUAGGCAGGGUAAGAAAGAUGACGAAGACGAAGAACCCUCCCAACCCCCGGCCGCAGACAGAGAAGAGAGUCAAGAACCCCCACUCCCCCUCCCAACCCGCAUCUUCCAAGAACCCCGCUCCCUACUCAUCACCACGGGGCGCGCAUACAGAGACCUCAUGCACGGUAUCGCAUCAAUUGAAACUGAUGAAGAUUUAAACGCCGAGACGGUGGCGAAUUGGGAGUUGUUGAGUGAGGAAGGGAGGAAAGGGGUUGAGGAGAACAGAGGGAGGAAUGUGAGGGGGACGAGGGUGAGUUUGACGUAUAGGGAUGUGAUUAAGGUUAGCAAGGCGGCGAGCAGGGUUUUGGGUGGGAUGGGUAGGCGGUAG